AUGGAUGCUGAAGCAGGGCCAAGCCGUACCACGGCUCGUCAAUCUGCCCGCAAUGCAGCUGCCCCUUCCAAUUUCGAUUGGUCGCGUCUUGCCGGCAUCGACGCGGAUGGCGAUAACGAGGAAGCCGAAUUUGGGGCACUUGCCUAUGGAGACUACUACGACGACGACGAGGAUUCCGAUAUCAGCAAACCUGAAUGGGACGAUGAGGAUGAUUCUGAUGCAGCAGUUGAUACUCCGAGCAGGGGUGUCCAUAAGAGACCGCCCACAAAGACAUUCACAUCGGCACGCAUUUUAAAAAGCGGAAGAGCGACCACCCACUCAAGGAUCAGCAAGUUCGGCGCAGCUGCAAGUGACGACUCGGAUGAUGACGACGAGAACGACGAUUCGUCGGACUCAGAGGCAGAGAGCAUGAUGGACAUGGAUGGGCUGGAUCCUCAGCUCCUUGGACAGGGCGAUUCCUUGCAGUCACGGCAGCGUCAAGAUCAAGAUAGCGAUGCGGAGACAGGGGCAGACGCCGAGGUAGAUUUCGAACCAGAGUCUUUUCGACGCUUGGUAAGCUCCCUUCAGGAUACCUCUCGUGAGGCGGGAGCGCUUCGACAGCGAUGGGAUACCUCCAUCGAGGCCGAGAACGCCGAAUUCGAAAACGAGCUCCGCGCGGCAGCAGGCUUCAAGCAGAAGCGUCGGGCUCGCAGGAAGCUUCACGAGCAGCCAUUGUCGCCCGAGGUACAAGCUCUACUAGCUGAGGCGAAUCUCGCCUAUGUUGAGAAUCGCCUUUACGACGCCAUUCCCAAGCUAGAAGAAGUGAUCCGAAUCGAGCCCAAUGUCAUGGCCGCAUGGAACACGUUGGGCCUCAUCUACGCUGAGAUAGGCGAGGAAGAAAAGAGUAUACAGUGUAGGAUCAUUGGUGCUCAUCUUCAGCCAGGGGCAUCUGGAGAAUGGAAGUCGCUCGCAUACCGCUCUAUCGCGCAGAUGCUCUACCGUCAGGCCAUCUAUUGCUUUCAGCAAGCCAUCAAGGUCAACAAGGCCGACAUCGAUAGCAUCUGGGAUCGCGCCUUACUCUUGCGUGAUCUUGGCGACUACAAGGCAGCGAUCAACGGCAUGCUUGACAUUCUCAAGUUACAGCAAUUCGACGCAGCCGUGGUGCGCGAGCUUGUUCCGAUGCUUGUUACCACCAGAGACUAUGACCGCGGUAUCGAGCUGCUUGAGCGAUGGCGGAAGAUAAGCAUGGAGGCGUUUCCGAACCCUGCUCUCGACGGUCACUUGGACCCAGCAUUGGUAGAAGCCGAAACGGCGGCAGAGGAUGCAGCGCAAGCCGACACUGCGACACUGGCCGUCAACAAGUUCCAGAUAUCUGAACUAGUUACUCUAGCGGAUCUCUUGCUUCUCAUCCGCAAGCCUCUUGAAACAGUUACACUGCUGCGGCAGACUGCAAGAUGGCUCGAUGGCCGAGCAAGUCAAGAGUUUUGGGAUUCUGUCAACGACGAUCGCGAGUUCGACGGAGACAUUGAUCCCCAGAUCCGAAAGGAGCGCGACCUCGAAGGCUAUGGGCGUCAGGUCGAAACGGCCGAGCCCCAUAUGCUCGACCCGGAAGUGCGCCUGCGUCUCGGCAAAGCCCGGAUGAUGCUGGGCGAUGUGGCCGAAGCAAAGCAGCACUUUGACAUUCUCACCGACGGGGAUCCGGGCGACAUGCCCCAGAUCUUUGCUGAGAUCGGGGAUUGCUACUACGAGCACAAGCUGUGGGCUGAGGCACUCGACGUGCUUACGGAUCUAGCCACGACAGAGUAUGCUACCGACGACGUCUCGCUUUAUGCGAAGCUGGCUGCCUGUAAUCAUGCGCUGGGAGAGCUGGAAGAGGCCGCGAGAUUGUACGAGCCGGUCGUGGAAGCAUCUCCAGAUACGCUCGAGUGGCAGAUGCGUCUUGCGGAAGUAUACGAAGGACUGGGUGAAAAGGAAAAAUCGCUCGAGGUGCUUCAACAGGUUAUGCAGAUCUUGCAAACGCAACGAGAAGCAGAUGCACAAGUAGGAGCAGGUAUGGGUCCAAGCUCAGCGUCCCAUCCCGGGCCAACGAAUGACGGUCAACUGUCCUUCUUCGAUGAAAUGGGGGCGACCAAGCCCGUCAAAUCGGCGCCUUCCGCCAAGCGCGCCAGGAUGAACUACAACCGACAGCAGAGACUCAAGCUGGAAGUGCAACGCGAGCAGGAGACUCAGCUGUCAUGGCGACGUCUCGAGCUGCUCGACCCCCAUGUUUUCAUCGACGGAUUUUGGCGGCAUGACGUCGCCGUGAACCUGGAAGGUGAGAAACGUCUUGGCGAGUUCUACCACCCUUCCGAAAGCGUCGAAGAGCGAGAAAAGCGAUAUCGACAAACAGCGCAAUGGCUCGAAGAAGCUGGUGGACUCAUUGACGCCUUCCGCCUCAACCCCCGCCUGAAUGGUCAUCAUCUCAAGAAGCGCCGCCCGGGCGGAACCCGCUCCUCUGUCGGAAAACAGCGCCGUGCAGCCAGCUCGGGCAUGCCCGAUACACUUGCCAGUUUGCUCAAUCAAGCCGGUGGUGGACGCAACGCCAUCUCGACGCAGGCGCGGAACCUACUCCAUCGCUUGCAGGACCAGCUCGUCGAAGACGAUGGGGCAUCCGAGCAUGCAGAGGGGAGCGAAAUGGGAGACGGCGACGCGAGCCGCGUGCGCAGCGAGCCGGGACCCAAGCAGCUGGAUAUGGCACGGUUCCGCGGGCUUCCGAUCGAGCACUGGAUCGCUUUGUUUGCCAAGUACUGCUUUCUGCUGGUCAAGUCUGGCGAGCCAAUCAGCGUGGUCAACUCGUUGCUGCAGUCUCUGCACACGAGUGCGGUGGUCUGGGGCAUUUUCGAGCGCAUGUUGGUGGUGCAAUUGACGUGGCUCUCAUGCGCCAUGUACGCGAAGGAUUGGCCGACGAUGUGGAGCGCAGUGCGGUGGUUGUCGCAGGAGAUGCAGUUUCACAACCUUCCGCUCAAGCUGGGUGCAAGCAUCGCAAAUGCGACAGGGUUCCACAGUCUGGGCAGGAUGAUCAGCAACAACGAUAUCAAGUUUUACCAGCGGAGGAUGCGACAGGCGGAGGCAGUGGCGCGGGGUGCGCCGUGCAGAUUCUCAACCCGAGACAGGAGGUGGCAGGUGCCUGCCGCGGUCACUGCUUCGCUGGCGAGGAACGAGCGGGAAGGAUGGAACGGUAAAGCAGCGGGAGCGUCGGGAAGGAAUUUGGCCGAAGAAGCGAGAAGACGGUCAGUAGAGGAGGGGGAAGAAGAUGAAGCAAGUGCGGCUAUCAUCCCCAGCGACUCGGACGGCGGCGCCGGCGGCGGAGGGUCGGACUCAGACGAAGCCGAACCACGAGCCGACACAGCCGACAUCAAGGGCGAUCGACCGGACCCCCUGCUCGCCAUCCGGUUGGCACGUCCGACCAAACCUUCUCCCCUCGCCGAAAUGUUCUACGGCUACAUGCUGCUCUACUCAGGCGGCUAUCAGACCUCAUCCGCCUUCUUCUGCCGGGCGUACGCCGUGCAGCCCACCGACCCGCUCCUCUCGCUCGCUACAGCCGUGGCGUUUCUCAGCCGCGCCACCAACCGCCAAACGGACAAUCGCCACCACAUGAUUUUGACGGCAACGACGUUCUUGCAGAAGUAUCUCAAGUGCAGAAGCGCAGCAGAGAAGAAGGAGGAGGAGGAGGGGUUGCAUUGGGCGGAGAUUGAGUACAAUAGGGGCAGGGCGAUGCACCAUGUGGGGCUGGUGCAUCUGGCUGAACGGCAUUACAGGGCGGUUUUGGAGAGGGGGAGGGAGGAGAAGGGAAAAGGGUGGGAUAUGAAGAGAGAGGCUGCGUGGAACCUGGCCUUGAUCUAUACGACGAGUGGCAGUCCUGGGCUUGUUCAGGGCCUGUAUGAUCAGUACCUGCGAGUGUAG